AUGGCGCCAAAUGUGAAGAUUUUGGCUCAAGACCCACUUGAAGAAGUAGAUCUUGGAGACGGAAGUUUAAAGAGGGUCACAUAUAUCAGCGCAAAGUUGGAACCAGAUUUAAAAACGAAGGUUAUUGCGUUACUAAAAGAGAAUAAAUAUUGUUUUGCUUGGGACUAUGAUGAGAUGCCUGGUUUGGAAACAGAGAUAAAGAAUCAAGAAGCAAAUGACUUGGCACAACUAGCUUCGGGGUAUAAAGUGUCGAAGGAAAAGCUGGAAGAAUUAAUCGAAGUACUAAACAUAGACUCUUUGGCAGAUAUAGAUUGGAGAAGCCCGAUUGUUAACUACUUGAAGGAUCCUUUGACGGAUACAAAGAGAAAAGUGAAAUACAGAGUCUUGUCAUAUUUCUUGAUGGGAAAUGAAUUGUUUAAGAAAACUCCUGAGGGAGUUUUGUUAAAAUGCCUCGGCGAAACAGAAGCUUAUUUAGCACUGUCUAACGUACAUAGUGGAGCGUGUGGAGCCCAUCAAGCUGCGCAUAAGAUGAAAUGGUUGUUGUUUCAUUAUGGAAUGUAUUGGCAUACUAUGUUAAAAGGUUGUUUAGAUUUCGCCAAGGGUUGUCAAGACUAUAAGGUACAUGCAAGUAUCCAACAUUCUCCUGCUAAUGAAUUAAGUUUAAUCAUCAAGUCAUGGCCUUUCAGAGGUUGGGCAUUGGAUCCAAUUGGAGAAAUUCGACCCACUUCAUCUAAGGGUCAAAGAUAUAUCUUGGUAGGGAUAGAUUAUUUUACCAAAUGGGUCGAAGAAAUACCACUAGCCAACAUAGACCAAGAAGUUGUGAUUGAAUUCAUUCAAAAACACAUAUUAUAUAGAUUUGGACUCCCAGAAAGUAUAACCACAGAUCAAGGAUCGGUGUUCACUGGUCGAAAGAUGCAGGAAUUUGCAAAAGAAAUGGGGUUCAAAUUACUCACCUCCACACCUUAUUAUGCUCAAGAAAAUAGACAAGUCGAAGCAGCUAAUAAAGUGAUAAUAGGUUUGAUGAAGAAACAUGUAGGAAAGAAACCUAAGAGUUGGCAUAAAACUUUAGAUCAGGAACUUUGGGCUUGUCAAACAUCACCCAAGGAAGCAACCAACACUACACUGUUUAAACUCACGUUUGGACAUGAUGCAGUGUUACCAGUCGAAAUCUAUCUGCAGUCAGUCAGAAUUCAGAAGCAAGAAGAGAUUUCCCCAAACAUAUACUGGGAAAUGAUGAUGAAUGAGUUGGUAGAUCUAGAUGAAGAAAGGUUCGGAGCAUUGGAGAUGAUAAAGAGACAAAAAGAAAGAGUAGCAAAAGCAUAUAACAAGAAGGUGAAAGCUUCCGGAUCUCAUCUCGACGGUCCUUUGCAACCUUUACUUUCCCUUGAAGAAGUUCAAUCUCAUCCUCCUAGGAUUUGA